AUGUUAACAUACUUUCUCUCUUAUUUUGAUAUAAACACACCAGAAUAUAGCAUUAACAAUCUCCCCCCUCUCUCUCUUUCUGAUUAUCCGUCUUUCUUUUCGUAUUUAUCUUUAUAUGUCAUUCUCUAUGUUCACGUCUCGCUGUGUUUAUAUAUUUGCUUGUCCCUCUCUCCCUGCUCCUCUUUAUUUCUGUCUAUAUUUCUCUUCUUUGCCGUUUUAUAUCUCUUUUUUGUCUGUCUCAGUCUCCUCUGCCUCUCUUUUUCUCUUUGUAUAUCUCUCUGCCUCUCUUUUUCUCGUUUUUUGUUUCGCUUUGUUUCUGCCUGUCUUUCUCUGCCUCGCUUUCUUUGUAAUUCUGUCGCUUUUUUUUUCUAUCUGUCGUUCUCUGUCUCUGCCCAUUUGUCUAUAUGCAUCUGUAUCUCUCUGUUUUUGUCUAUCUCUCUAUCUAUGUUAGACCGUCUGUUUUCUCCCUCUUUUACUGUCCCUGUUUCUCUCUUUCUCUUUCUUUCUCUGUCUCCCACUUUGUGUCUUUUCCUUUUGUUUCUCUUUGUAUCUGUCUAUCAGUAUCUAUUUAUCAAUCACUCUUUAUCACUCUUUAUCUGCCUGUCUCUUUCUAUGUUUAUCUCUCUUUUUGUAUCUGUCCUUUUCUGUCUCUGUUUCUACCUAUAUCUAUCUUUAUAUACCCAGUUUUCUCUCUAUAUAUGCAUCUGUCUAGCUCGCUCUAUACCCGUCUCUGUCUCUCUCAGUGUCUAUCUCUGUUUCUCUUCUUUCGCCGUUUGCAUCGUUUUGUUUCUGUCUCUCUAUCGUUAUCUCUUCUCCCUUCUACAAUUCUAUCUUUCAGUUCGUCUCUUUCUCUCUCUCUCUCUCUGUUCCUGUCUGCAUGUUUGUCUUAUCUGUUUAUUUAUCUAUUUCUUUCUGUCUCUCUGUCUUUCUCAGUUCUGUAUCGAAGCUCAAGUUUUGAAAAGACCAUGUUUUCCAUUCAUAGAGAUGUCUUUUGAAAUUCACAGAGUGAUUCCAUUCUUUUUUUUUUUUAAAAAAAGAAAAGAAAAAAAAGGCGCUUUCUGA